UUGUAUAUCACCUAUCGAACUUGUUAACGAGGAACUUAUACUAGCUUCUGGUGAAUAUCACAUGGUAUUUAAGGAUAAGGAUUUCAGGAAAAAAGGCCCCCUAAGUGAUGAUACUGUAGGAGGUAAAUUGGAACUUUUGCUUGACCUAGAAUUAAUAGAUGAUGAUUCUCUUGCAGAUCAAGGGGAAAAAAUAACCAAAACUAUUACGCAUGAUCAAACAACAAGUCUUACUAUAGAUGUGAAAAGUUCUGCAGAUAAUUUAACUAAUCAAACAGCUGGAAACAAUACUGAUAAUGCACAAAUUCAGUCAUCAAGGGAAUCAUCUUCCAAAAUUUCUCGCGAAUAG